UGGAAGAUCCCUUGUAGGAGGUCCAGACGUUUCUCCAAAGUCUCGUGUUUCUGUGACGAGCCUCUGGAGGAAAAACUGAUUCUCAGAUUUAUCCUUUCUUAUUUUUUCUGUUGGCUGCAAACAGCUUUCUACAACUGUUAUAUGUGACCCUGAAACAGGAUCGUUUGUACCCGUUAAGUCCUGUGUUUGAAUUCUGUUUUUAUUCUUUAGUCGGAGCUCGAUAAACAGCUCUGUCAGGACGGAGCGAUGAUAAAGCUGAACUAAAUCAACGCCUGUGGGAAUAAAUCACAGAGCGUAUGAUCGCUGGUUUUCUUUUAAAUAGAACAUUUGGGUUUUUCUGUCGUCUGAAAAGAGAUGAAACUCCAGAAGAAGUCAUAGAGCAGAAGAUAUAAUCUCAGCACUAAGGUUUGGUCAUACAGUUUAUAUGACACUAAAAAGGAUCAUCUGAGCAAGUAAUGUUAGAAUGUGGUCAAUAUAGACGGGAAAGGCAAAUCUGACUUUCAGAAAAAUAGAGUUCAAUUAUGAAUAAAAUAAAUAUUACAAAGCGACACAGGUGAUGUAGUUUCAGGGUUUUAAGAGCAAAAAAGCUGUUCUCAUCCAGAAGGUGGCGGUAAUGCACCGGAAGUUGAAGAAGAGCUGCCGGAACUGUGAGGACGGACAUCCGGUGGCUGGACCGUUAGCUUUGCUCCGGUGUGUGAGCCGAGUGUGUGAGCUGCGGCAGCAACGAUGCCUUCAGUUCUGUAUCUGAGAGAGUUUAUCAACGAGCGACUAACUGCUGCUGCUGAACAAAUAUUCUUGGAGUUUGAAAAAACGAUCGUCCAGUACGAGGAAGAGAUCGACCGUCAGCGCAGACUGCUGGAUAUCACCUGGAAACCCCAAAUCAAGCUGCACAGGACAGACGUCCCACAGCAGCCUGUCUGUAAGGAGGAGGAGGAGGUUCUCCCUGAGCAGCAGCUCUGGAACCAGGAGAGGAGCUCCAGUCUGGACCAGGAGGAACCAGAAGCUCCACAGAUUAAAGAGGAACAAGAGGAACUGUGCAGCAGUCAGGAGGGAGAGCAGCUGGGACUGAAGGAGGAGACGGAUACCUUUAUGGUGACUGAAACUUGUGAGGAAAGUGACCACAGUGAACCAGAAGGAGACAGGGAGCAGCUUCUCUUUGAGAGUUCUGUGAACAACAACAGCAGAGGUCAGCGAGCAGAACAUUAUAAAGAAGCAAGAUCAACUAAAACCGUAGAGUCAGAGUCAAAAAAGAAGCAUCGGAAUAACAAUGGAGACAGCUCAGUUAUGUCAGAGAGCGAGAGUAACACAGGUACAGGUGUGAAGUCUGUAAAAUGUUACGUUUGUGAAAAAACGUUCAAGAAAAAAUCUCAGAUGCAGAUACAUUACAGAACGCACACAGGCGAGAAGUCGUAUUCAUGCAAAACAUGUGGGAAACGAUUCAGCCAAAACUGCCAUUUAUCUGUUCACAUGAAGAUCCACAAAGGGGAGAAACCGUUCCCCUGCAAUGUAUGUGAAAAAACCUUCCGAGACACACUAACACUGAAAUAUCAUAUGAGGGUUCACACGGGCGAGAAGCCGUACUCAUGCACAAUUUGUGGGAAAGGUUUCUGUCAAAGUAAUAACUUAAACAUCCACAUGAGAACACACACGGGCAAGAGACCUUACCCCUGUCAAAUCGGUGAGAAAAGAUUCAUUGACUCCUCCACAGUUAUUUAA